UACUAGCAUAACAACACGUUUGAAAAUAAUAUCAACAGUAUAGACAUAUACCGAGAAAAAAAUAGUUUUACUUAUAAUUAACUUCCGGUAAUGGGUAUUUAAUAAAUGGCGGUGAAAACAAAUUAAUGUUUUAUCAAGAUUUUCAUCGAUGCAAUGAAAAUAUUUGAGUAAGUUAUUUAUAAUAUCAUAUAUCGUACGUUGAUAAGAACAUGGAAAUUGUUAUUGGAGAACAUGAUUUUUGAUAAUUAAACACAAUAUCUUGCAUGAUGACUGCAAAAGUAUAUCAACCGGAUCAAGAAUUAGAAACGAAAGUUAAGAAAGCAACUGAACGUAUAUCUGAGAAUAUGCACAUAGUUGCAAAUGAACCAUCACUCGCAUUUUAUAGACUUCAGGAACAUGUAAGAAAGGCAUUGCCUCCUAUGGUAGAGAAACGUGUAGAAGUACUUGCACUUCAACAGCAACUUUUAGGCAGAUGUUACGAUGUGGAAUAUGCCGUAAGUGCUAUUAAAACAAUGCACGGAGCUGGAAAAAGUUUUGAGAACACUUUAGAAUUUAUCAAGAAUGCCAUAUUUUUCAAGCAACAAUUGAAGUAUGAAGAACAACGUAGGCACAAGAAAGAUGGAAACAGAGAUUCUGUGUACAAAAGACUGUCUGCACACAUUCCUACCUUAGAUCAUUUACCUGAUGAAAUAUCUGAUGUUGUAAGGGAAACUGCUAACAGAGUUGAGUCUAUGAUGAAUCAUGCCAGAUAUUCCACUGAGAUUCAAAAAACAAAUUGAACUUAAAAUAAUAAUUCAAUGUAUUAAUAUAGAAUAUAUUGAAAAGUAUAAAUGUG